UUUCUCUUUUCCCUUCCCUUACUUCUUUUUCUUUCAAUUCCUUUUCUUCUCACAUCUUUAUGCGUUCAUGGGAAAGACGCAUCCUUCCACUGUCUGUCUGGUGCCUGACAGUUGCUCUGAAUUAUUAUUGAUACCUGCUCUUGCUGCUGCUCGUGAUGCUGUUCAUUUAGAUACUCUAGGUCAAUACAAGGAUGCCACUCAUGCUUACCAUCGCGUUAUUCAAAUAUUUGAAACUGUGUUGACUUCUGAUUGUGCGGGAAUGAAUGGUCAUGUCAAUAGAGAACAAAUUCUACAGAAAUCUAAUGAAUACCUUCUUCGAAUAAAACAAUUGGACCGAUAUACUAGAGCAACCACUACUAGCAGCCAUCCUGAUGCUUUUCAUUUUACAAUCCAUUCACCUUUUGGAAAUGAACAAGACGCUACUGCUGAAGAACACUCUGAAGAAGAGGAAGAUUUUGAACGAUCAGAUAUAGAUAUUGCAGUGGAAAAAGCACAGUUCUCAAUGGGACAAGGCGAACUGAAUGAAUACAAGGAAUACUUGGAUAAUGCUCUUAUGUAUUAUUCGGAUGCUGCAGAAUGGUACCUGAAAGCAUUCAAAGCAUUAGACGUGGAAAAUGGGUCUAGGACAAAAAUGAGGGAACGUUUUUUAGAAGCAAUGGAGAAGGCCGAAAAUCUAAAAACAUUACAACAAAACAAACUUCAUCAUUCGACCUCUCUACUAUCUAUUCAAAAUGACAAACCGUCUUCAGCACGAUCAAGAUCUCCUUCCUGUUCUUCUAGUCAAGGCAAUAUUCCGGUAUUAAUGAAUGGCAAUGAUACUAGUCAUCCAAAUGGCGGAAAUAAUAGCAUUCAUCGACGUACAUCAUCUACUGCUGCGUCAUCAAUCAAAUCACAUUCAAGUCAACCUUUUCCUUCAUUAUCACCUUCAAAUCCAACAGAUGAUAUUGCAACACAAAGAUUGUCAGCGGCCGAAAUUGAAGUAUUGAAAACCACUUCCAAUGUCAACAAUAGAGUAUUUUUACCAUGGAUGGAUGAAUCUGAUUUGAAAGAAUGUUUCUCUUAUCCCGAUAAGUUUUUGGAUUCGGAUGGACCACUCAAGCUAUCGGAAAAACAAUUAUCAAGUUUUGGUGCUUGGAAACGACCUUCUGAUUUCAUGAAACAUCCUGAACUAAUUCGAUUGAUUUCAAGUACAAGCAUCAUCCAAGAUGUAGUGACUGACUGUUCCUUUGUCGCCUCGCUUUGUGUCGCUGCUGCUUACGAAAGAAAGUUUGGAAAACAGUUAAUUACCUCCUGUAUAUACCCUCAAAACAAACAAGGCAUCCCCUGCUACAACCCUAGCGGGAAGUAUGUUAUUAAGCUUGUAUAUAACGGCAUUGCUCGAAAGGUUGUGGAUGACCUUUUACCGAUAUCCCGCGAAAAUACUCUGAUGUGUACCUUUUCCACCAACAAGGAAGAAAUUUGGUCCAGUAUCAUCGAAAAGGCUUAUAUGAAACUAAUGGGUGGCUACGAUUUCCCUGGUUCAAAUUCAGGCAUUGAUCUUUAUUGCUUGACUGGAUGGAUUCCGGAACAUAUAUUUAUUAAUGACAAACAAUUCAAUCCUGAUAAAGUAUGGAAUCGUAUACUAGAUGGAGCCAAAUAUGGUGAUGUGCUUGUGACCAUUGCAACUGGCGAAAUGACCGAAGAAGAGGCUACCAAGACUGGAUUAGUACCAACACAUGCUUAUGCCGUUAUAGAUAUCAAAUCUGUUAUGGGUGUUCGAUUCUUGCAAGUGAAAAACCCUUGGAGUCACAAACGAUGGUGUGGGCCUUACAGUCAUCUAGAUACAACACAAUGGACACCCGAAUUAAUGGAAGCAUUAAAUUUUGAUCCAUCUGUUGCUGAACAAAUUGAUGAUGGUAUUUUUUGGAUUGAUUUGGAAUCUGUUUGUGAUUAUUUUACAUCUAUUCAUUUGAAUUGGAAUCCUGAACUUUUUACUUAUCGAUGGGUGCUUCAUUCUGUCUGGUUGGAAAACUUUGGACCGAAAAAAGAUGUGUACAAUUUGGGCUACAAUCCUCAAUUCAGUUUAACUGUGACAGUACCAGAUCAAAAACCAGCCGCAGUACGACUCUUACUUUCUAAACAUAUCAUGGUAACAGAGGAAAAUACCGAUUAUAUUACUUUACAUGUUUACAAUGAUACCAAUGGUGAACGAAUUUACUAUCCUGAUGAACCUUUUAAGGAAGGCACAUAUGUCAAUAGUCCACAUAUUUUGGUCCGGUUCAAUGCUCCGCCAGGUACAAGUAAUUAUACUAUAGUGGUAUCACAACACGAAAAGAAACGAUCUCUUUUCUUUUCCCUACGGGCAUAUUCUUUAGCUCCUUUCAAACUCUGUGAAGUCCCAUUUAGAUACCCAAUUGAACAAAAGAUCUCAGGACAAUGGACUGAUCAAACUGCGGGUGGCAAUGCAUCGAAUGCUAGUUAUAUGCACAACCCUCAAUGGAAGAUCACAAUACCACCAACUGAUCUGGAAGAUUCGAAAACUGGCCUUUUGUUAAUGUUGGAUGCAGAUAAAACAUUUGCAAUUCAUUUACUUUUAGUUGAAGGUGGAAAACGCGCUACAAGUGUAUCUGUACGAGAUAUCUUGGUAGAGUCUGGACCUUAUCGACAUGGAUUUUGCUAUUGUGAAAUGGAGACGAUCAAACCUGGAGUGUAUACUGUUGUAGCAUCCACAUUUGAAGCAGAUCUUAUUGGAGAAUUUGUAUUGACAGCAUCAAGCAAUAUACCUUUGACGAUUGAAACCAUUCCUGCUGAAGGAGCGGGCAUGUUUCGAAAAAUCAUUAAUGGAGAAUGGAUACUUGGGUACAGUGCAAUGGGAUGUCCUAGUUAUGGAAGUUAUGGGAAGAAUCCUCGGUAUUUACUUGAAGUGAGGGAAUUAACCACUAUACGAGUCCGACUUCAAGCAGACAAGAUAGAUCCAGUUCCUUCUACCAAUGUUACGAUAUAUGAACGUCAUCCUACAGAAUUAUUUGGUCAAGAAAUUGCAACAUCUGGUCCAUACACUAAUGUUAUUCAGGGUGUGACCACAGGUGAUGUUAUUCUUAGUCAAAAUGAAACAGGUUAUAUUAUUGUGUUUGCUACACAUGAUCAAGAUGUCAGUGGUGAAUUCUCAGCUAUAUUGUAUAGUGAUCGACCGGUCAAUAUUAGGAAUGAUAGAUAGUUUUUUUUUUUUUAGGUUUAGUGUGAUUUUGGUUUAGUGUAAUUUUUUUUUUUUGUUUUAUUU